UCGUACCUCAACCUCAUCGACCUCUGCCUCUCCUCCAACUCCCCCGCCUCCGGCCGCCUCGUUCACCGCCACCUCAUCUCCUACGCCCGCACCUCACCCGCUCUCUUCUUGUCCAACGCCCUCCUCUCGAUGUACCUCAAAUUCGACCUCUUCGAAGAAGCCCACAACAUGUUCGGCCGAAUGCCUCGCCGGAACGUCGUCUCCUUCACCGCCAUGAUUUCGUCAUUAACCAAUCGAAAACUACACAUUGAAGCUCUUGCGCUGUUGAUCUCAAUGCAGAGGGAGGGAAUUAAACCCAACAUGUACACUUUCUCGUCGAUACUUAAAGCUUGUGAUGAGGUGAAGACGCUUUGGUCGAUGCAUUGUUGGAUAGUUAAGUACGGGCUCGAGUCGGAUGUGUUUGUUAGGGCCUCACUUGUUGAUAUUUAUGCUAAGUACGGGGAGUUGGAAAGCGGGUAUCGGGUUUUUAAGGAAAUGGUAACUAGAGACCUUGUGGUUUGGAAUUCGAUCAUAGGAGGGUUUGCGCAGAGUGGAGACGGGCGUAAAGCAAUAGACCUGUUUAUUGAGAUGAAGAGGUUCGGUUUUCUUGCUAACCAAGGGACGUUGACGAGCGUUCUUAGAGCCUGUACCGGUAUGGUGUUGUUGGAAAUGGGAAAGCAAGUGCACGUCCAUGUUUUGAAGCGCAAACAGGAUUUGAUAUUGAACAAUGCCCUUCUCGAUAUGUAUUGUAAAUGUGGGAGCUUGGAGGAGGUGGACUCGGUGUUUAAGAGAAUGGUUGACAAAGAUGUGAUCUGUUGGAGCACAAUGAUUUCAGGAUUAGCUCAAAAUGGAAAGAGCUUGGAGGCAUUGAGCCUUUUCGAAUCGAUGGAGGCUAUUGGUCCUAAACCAAAUCAUAUUACAAUGGUGGGGGUUUUGUUUGCUUGUAGUCAUGCUGGAUUGGCUGAUAAAGGGUGGUACUAUUUUCGCUCAAUGAAGAAGCUCUUUGGUAUUGAGCCAACUAGAGAGCAUUACGGGUGCAUGGUUGAUCUUCUCACAAGAGCAGGAAAGCUCCAAGAAGCUGUGGAAUUUAUAAAGGAGAUGGAUUUUGAGCCUGAUACUGUUAUAUGGAGAACUCUACUUGGAGCUUGUAGAGUUCAUAAAGAAGCAAAUAUUGCAUCAUAUGCAGCUAAAGAGAUACUCAAACGUGAACCAGGAGAUGAAGGGACUUACAUACUCCUAUCUAAUAUAUAUGCUGAUAGUCGCCAAUGGAACGAUGUUGAGGAUUUGAGAAGAUUGAUGAGGGAUCGGGGAGUGAGGAAAGAGCCUGGACGCAGCUGGAUUGAGAUCUGUAAGGAGAUCCACGUAUUUACUGUGGGUGAUUUAUCUCACCCUCAAGGAGAUCUCAUAGUAAGAGAAUUGAACCGUUUGAUAAGUAGAAUAAAAGGAGUUGGUUAUGUUCCUGAUACGGAAUUUGUACUUCAUGAUCUCGGGAGAGAGCAAAAGGAGGAAUUGAUUCGGUAUCACAGCGAGAAGCUAGCAAUUGCAUUUGGGUUGAUGAAUUCAACUGAGGGGAAGCCGAUCAGGGUCAUGAAGAACCUAAGGAUAUGUGGAGAUUGUCACACAUUUGCGAAGCUUGUGGCAAAGACUGAAGGCAAGACAAUUGUAAUUAGGGAUCCAGUUCGGUUUCACCAUUUUAAGGAUGGAACUUGCUCAUGUGGAGAUUAUUGGUGAAGGGGGUGUUACAACAACAAGGAGAGAUAAAUAGAGGAAAUCUUGUUUCCACCUAAUGCUAUCAUAGGGAUCAUGAGGAUAUCUUUAGAGUCAUUGAGCAUUCAGGAGUAGUUCAGUCGAAAGCUCGCCUACUGGAUCAGGAUUUUGGGAUGCCCUUUUUCUUGUGAAGACGUUGAAAAUGCAGCCUUUGAGGAUGGAGAUGCAUAACUGACAACUGCAAGAUCCGAGAUUCUCUUGCACAUAUAAGGCUGUCUACUCAAUAUUCAAGAGAAGUUUGAGAAACCUGUGGCUGGCCAGGAGACGAGGUUGAAGAUGGGGACGAGUCGGGUAGAGAAAAGAUAAGAGGGCGCUCGAGCGCUGCAUCAAACCAAGAAUCACUAUCAUCGACGAAAAAUAUCGUUGCCUUAGAUUCUCCAAAGCGAAGAAAUAAAUUCGGGGGCAAAAGUGGCUGCAGAACAAUAAGAUGGGUCUAAUCUGUUUAUGCGAGGGUUGAACGUGUAUUAAUUUGAAUCCUCAUCGAUUUAAUAUGUGCAGUGAAAUUGCACUGCUUGUACAGAAACUUGAAGGUUUUUGAUUAAAGGUUUGUUUUUCAA